CGUAACAACCUGAUACAUCGUGAUGUUUAACACCGCCAGUAUCGUGACACUGUUGGUUCUGACGGUGUGGAGCAACGAAUGUUUAUGCGACAUAUGCAAAGUGUGCGAGUGUGUCAACACAGACUCGGGGCUGGUCGCACGUUGCCGCGGGAAAUUCGUCGAUGAAAGUUUCAAUUACGAGUUCAUCACUAUGAACGAGCGUCAACCCCUGUACAAACUCGUCCUGACCGAGAACUUGGGCGCGGUGUUAUCGACCAGCCAGAUUCGGAAGAAGAUGAAGUACUUGAAGCAGCUGGACCUGUCCGGGAACCAGCUGGAAAACGUGCACGCAGUCAUCUUUCAGGAUCUGCACAACCUCGAAGACCUGAGCUACUCUGACAAUCGCCUGUCGAGUUUCGACAUCUCCAUCCUGAACACGAAUUCCGCCCUCCUGCGGCUCAACCUCAGUCACAACGAGAUCAACAGACUGGAGAGAAGCUCGUACUGCACGCUUCCGAGUCUGAAGGUGCUUGACCUAUCCCACAACAACCUGACCGACUUCCGCGACUUCUUGGAUGCUGUGCCGCGACUUGAGCACCUGGACCUUUCAUCCAACAGCCUCAGUAACCUGGAAGCCUCUUUGGCGUAUAUGGAGUUCCUGAAGAGUCUCCGCAUCAGCGACAAUUUUCUUCUCUCCUUGAACUUCGUGCACCUGCCCUUGAGGCUGAAGGAACUACACGCGAAAGGCAACCUCAUCAGCGUCCUGGAAGCGCCCAAGAAAAUCUUAAUCCAUGUUUUAAAUCUCGAGAACAAUCGGAUCAUCGACCUGACGGGGGAAGAGUUCACGUUGUUGGAGGAACUGAGGCAUCUGAAUGUCAGGGGGAACUCCCUGUCGGGUUUCCCGCCGGUGACGCUAAAGCACAUUAAGUCGUUGGACCUUUCGUUCAACAAUCUCACAACUAUUCCUGAAUCCAUCUCCACGACGUACUUCCCAGCGCUGAAAGUACUCAAAGUCAGUGGAAAUCGCCUGGAGGAUUUGAUACUGCAGUCGGAACUGAAACUGGAAGCGUUCGAGGCGAGUCACAUGGACACGAUCGAGGAGAUACGUGAAGACACGUUCGGGAGAUUGUCGCCGAGGGAGAACGGAUGUAUCAAUGUGACUAUUUCCAACUGCAGCAAGCUGCGUGCCAUCGCGGAGGAUGCGUUCCGAUACAUGAAUGUGUGUUCUCUAGAUUUGAGCAACAAUCGUUUCGCUCACUUUCCAUCGAGGUUGAUAAGUGAUAGUAGAAAUAAGAAUCCGAAUUACCUCGUCAAUUUGCAAGGUAACCCGCUCGUUUGCAACUGCUCGUUGCAGUGGAUGCUGGAUGAAUUGGUUCCUUAUCUCUACAAGACGCAGCCCCGUCUGCUGGAGGAACUGAGGUGCGCCGGACCGCCUGUUUUCGCUAAAUUAAGGCUAGCCCAUUGGUACCGGUGGCAAAAUAAGGAAUUUUGCAGCGCUCUUUCCGAAAGAAUGAUCAUCAAUGUUGCGGGAGUGUCCAGUCGGCAAAAGACAACAUUCAACUCGAGCAGCGGGAUGCUCAUCGCCUUGGGCGUUACAGCCACGAUAUUCGCAAUUCUAAUGAUGAUCGGCAUUAUGCUGACUCGAAAAGUAGUACUGAAGAAAAGACGAGUAAAUAGGAGAUUUUAGGAGGAAUAUUAAUAUUUAAAUAUAUUUCAAUGCAAUGUAUGCGUCAUAAUUGUA